CCAUGGCAGCUGCUCUGAUGCUAGCGCGGAUGGCCACGUGCCACGCGUGCCACGCGUGCCACGUGGACGCUUCCAGCGAAAUGGUCAUGGGCGAUGGAGUCGAUGGAACGACACCAGUCAGUUGUGGAGUGCACCAGAGGCAUCGCCGAUUGCAAGGAGAGAAAACAGUGGCAGAAAGCUUCAUGGUUAUUGACCCAGCUGAAGAUACAAGGUCUUCAGGCUGAUGAGAUUACUUACAAUGCCUUAAUCAGUGCUGGCCAGUGGCAACAAGCAGUGCAGUGGCUCUUGCAGCUUCAAGAGAUUCGUUUGCGCGCGCAGGUCAUUUCUUACGGUGCAGCAGUCAAUGCAUGUGCUGAGGCAUCCAAGUGGCAGCAGGCAUUGGCGUUGCUUUGGGAGCUGGAAAAGGAGGUGGUUUCACCAAAUACCAUAGUUUGUAAUUCAGUGAUCAGUGCCUGCGCAAGAGCCUCUCAAAGCCAAGUGGCUCUUGAAGUGAUCGGUGGACUGGCAGAAAGAAACCUAGAGCACAACCUGUUGACCUUCACUAUUGCAAUCACUGUGUAUGAGAAGAUGAGCAUGUGGCCCAAGGGUUUGUCCUUGCUAGUGAGCAUGAAAGACAAGGGUCUGGAAGGGAAUUCAAUUUCCUACACCACUACCAUUAAAAGCUGUGAGUGGCGAAGAUCACAGGAACUCCUUUCUGAUGUCCAGAAAAAAAGCAGAGCUGAUAGUAUCCUUUACAGUGCUUGCAUCGGUGCUUGUGAGCAAGCAACACACUGGCAACAAGCACUUGGAACUUUGGACAUGCUUGCGAUCCACGGACUUCAGGCUGGUGUCGCCUUGAAUGCAGCUAGCAGUGCAGGGCAAAAGGCAAAUCUUUGGACAUCUACCUUGGCCAUGCUGACCACUGAGAGAUGGAGCCAAGCAGAUGUGAUCUCCUUUAACUCGGUCAUCAGUUCUUGUAAAGCUCAAUGGCCGCUGGCCCAUCACCUUCUCGCGGGAAUGCAGGCGCAAAGCUUGAAGCCCGACCUGAUUGGAUACAAUAGCGGGAUAAGUUCAUGUGCUGCGGCAGAAUGGCAACGUGCAUUGGAGCUUUUCAAAGGCUUGCAGUGUGGGCCAUGGAAUUUGCGCGUCAACGCUGUGACCUUUGGUGCUUCAACGAGUGUGUUGGAGUCUACAUCUGAAUGGCUUUGGGCUCUUGAACUCUUGCAGAAGGCGACCUCAUGUGGAGAGGCCAAUGCCAUCACUUACAGUGCAGCCAUCGGUGCAUGUGAAACGGCCAACCUUUGGCAGCAAGCCUUGCUACUUCUUCAACAGCUUGAAACUGGAAGGGUGGAAGGUCGCUUGCUGGGCUAUAGUGGAGCCAUUGGUGCCUGUGGCAGAGCUGGACGCUGGGAACAGGCCUUGCUACUGCUCCAGAGAUGUUGUGAAAGCAGCCGGCCCUCCAUCGUGACCUUUGGUGCUGCGGCCAAGGCCUGUGAAAGAUCUGCCAAGUGGCAAGAAGCCUUGGAACUGCUGCUGCAAGUUGAGAGUCAUCAGCUAAGUUGUAAUGUGAUCAUGAUGAACUCAGCCAUCAGUUCUUGUGAAAAAGCCUCCGAAUGGCGCCAAGCCCUUCACCUCUUGGGAGACUUUGCAACACAGUCUUUGCAAGCUGACAUCAUCAGUUACAAUGCGGCCAUCAGUGCCUGUGAGUUCUCGGCGCCUUUGGGUUUGAGCCUAGCUUUACUCAAUGAGGCCCGGCUUCAACGACUGGUCAAUGUGAUUACUUUCAGUGCUACCAUCAGUGCGUGCGAGAAAGCAACUGCCUGGCAAUCUGCUGUGUAUUUCUUGGAUCAUCUCCAGCAGUUCCAUUUGGAAGCCAACUUGGUGACCUGCAACGCUGUGAUGGCUGCAUGUGAGAAGGCCUCUCAAUGGCUACAGGCCUUGUCCUUGCUUGGACUGGCCUGGACACGGGAUGUCCUCACCUUGGCCUCGGCCAGUGGAGCCCUGGACGUUGCCGGGAAGACGUUGGAAGUGCUGCCACUGUUGGAUUUGGCCGAAGACAUUGGAACUGCCGGGCUGGAAAGGAUUGGGAAAGUUCCCAGAAGUUCCCAGUUGGGCUGAAAAAUGAAGAGAAAAAUGCUGUGAGAUGCUGCCAGCAAAGUGUAAAAACUCGAGAAUGUAGCAGUUGGGACCAAGUUCAGGGCUGUGCACAGUUGCUGUUUUGGAACUGAGAAUGUCGCAGCUUGAAACGUUAGAAGAAGUGACCUCGAAAGAGUAGCAGCUUGGCAAACAGGCAUGGCAACGUCACCG